AUGUCCGGCAAGGGCAAGUCGCGCUGGGCCGACAGCGAGGAGGACGCCGCGCGGGAGGCCAAGGCCAGAAAAGAAAAGGAGGAAAAAAAGAGGCUGAAGAGGGAGAAGGCAGAGGCAGCCCGUAAGGUCGAAGAAGAGAAACAACGGCAAGCAGCCUCAGCAGCAGCACCCACAGCCCAGGGGGACGGGGACGACCAGGACGGACGGCCAGCCAAGAGGCGGAGACUCACGCCCGAGCGACCAGCGGACAAACGAGGCAAAGAUGAGGGGGGCAGCAGCGCGGUCCCGCGGCUCCUACGGUUCCAGGCGGGCGGCGGCUUUGGCAAAUCAAAUAGCGUGGAAAAGUACGACAAGCUCAACGACAUCGAGGAGGGCGCGUACGGCUGGGUCGCGAGGGCCAAGGAGAUCGCGACGGGCAAGGUGGUCGCGCUGAAGAGGCUGAAGAUCGAGCUCAACGACCGGAACGGGCUCCCCGUCACGGGGCUGCGGGAGAUCCAGAUCCUCAAGGACUGCGGGCACAGGAACAUUGUUGAGCUGCGGGAGGUGGUGGUCGGCGAGGACACGACCAAGAUAGAAAACAUCUUCCUUGUCCUCGAGUUCCUCGAACACGACCUCAAGUCCGUCCUCGAGGACAUGCCGCAGCCCUUCCUCGCCAGCGAGGUCAAGACCCUCCUCCUCCAGCUCGCCAGCGGCGUCUCCUACCUGCACGACCACUGGGUGCUGCACCGCGACCUCAAGACGUCCAACCUCCUCCUGAACAACCGCGGGCAGCUCAAGAUCGCCGACUUCGGCAUGGCGCGCUACGUGGGCGACCCGGCGCCGAAGCUGACCCAGCUGGUCGUCACGCUGUGGUACCGCGCGCCGGAGCUGCUGCUGGGCGCCACGAGCUACGGGGAGGCCGUGGACAUGUGGAGCGUGGGCUGCAUCUUCGGCGAGCUGCUGACGCGCGAGCCGCUGCUGCAGGGCAAGAACGAGGUGGACGAGCUGAGCCGCAUCUUCGAGCUGUGCGGCAUCCCGACCGACGACACCUGGCCCGGCUUCAGGAGGCUGCCCAACGCGAGGUCGCUGCGCCUCCCGCCCAGCAGGGCAGGCACGGGCUCCGUCAUCCGAGCCAAGUUCCCCCUGCUCACGGCGGCGGGCGCGUCGCUGCUGAACGGCCUCCUCUCCCUCGACCCGGCGAAGAGGCCGAGCGCGAGGGAGAUGCUGAACCACGAGUACUUCCGUCAGGACCCGCGGCCCAAGUCUGAGGCCAUGUUCCCGACAUUCCCAAGCAAGGCCGGCCAGGAGCGGCGGCGGCGGAGAGACACCCCGAAUGCGCCUGGGCGCGGUGAAGCCGCCGACCUCGGCGCGGUCGAUUUUAGUGGUAUAUUCACAGGAAGGGAUAAAGAGGAACGCGGCGGAGGGUUUUCUCUGAGGAUGGUGUGA